AGAUUUAUCGGUAUGCUGCUCGUGCUCUGGCGCAGCUGCUUAUCGCGGACAAACAUGUAGCUUACUGCGGAGCAGGAAUUGUUCGACAGCAUGUGACCGUGCUUCUCAGCUGAUUAAACUUGUAUGGAGCGCCUGUUGCAGUUAACAUUUUAAGCCACCACGGGAUGAGCCUUUGAGCAUACUGUGCUGUCAUUGCAGUAACAUGUCACACAAUAGUGCAUCCCGCGGAGCGGAAGCAGGAAUCGGGGAAAACAGUACCGUGGCUUGCAGUACUUUGGAGAGUGCCAAGAAGGAGACUGCUGACAUGGAUGCUGAACUCAAAGCUCUUGGACUGUGGGAAGAAGACUUGAGCGAAGAGCAAAAGGCAGAGCUGUUGAAAGUUGUGGCAGUGUCCAAGGAGACAGCUCAGCUGGAAGAGGCCGUGCGUCACUGUUUGGUGCACCCUGCAUGGAUGCUUAAGGACGAUACUCAGACACACCACUCACCGAAAUAUAUGGGAGAAGAAAUUACAGUCGAUAGUGAAGAAGAAUCAAUGCCUGCUCCUCCAGAAAACCAAAGACACCCAUCUCUAUGGCCUUCACAGAGCAAUACUGUUGCUUGCAGCACAAGUGGUGGUGGUGGUGGUGGCGGUGAAGAUGCAUACGAAAGUCGGAGCGAAUGGGAUUUCUCUGCAUCUAGGCCUGCCAAGCUACGUGUUCUUGCAAUGGAGCAUCACCUUUCCUUACAGUGGGACGAAGGUCCGCCAGAGCUUAUAGACAAGAGGUUGGCUGAGGUAGGAAAGAUUUCUAAUUUUCCAGCGCCCGGAAGGAAGUUCUGGAGUACGACUGGGUCAGUAAGGAACCUCGAAGGCCUUCACGCAGGUUUGAAGGAAUAUCAGCGAAAGCUCCCUGUGCGGCCCUGGUGCCAUCCCGUGGGUGGGCGAUCACGUCAUCAAUUGUCUUGCUCAGCGUUGCUACACUCUGCUUCUGAGUCUCAAAGACUAUCUGGUAUGGUUGCACACCCCAAGCGACCUCAUCAAGAGGAAGAUGAUGCAGGUGGUGAUCCUUCUUGCUUAACACCUGGUGACCACCUGUAGGAUCUCACUGUCCUCAUACAUUUGGCCGUCUAUCCGGCUGAAAUGUACAGGAGAAGCAACUAUUUUUGCAGACUACUCACUUCUGCUCAAGAGGCUAUUUUUGUAGCAGCAUCACUUUCUAUUUGUGUACAGUAAUAAAGCACACAUGGUAUCAGUC